AUGAUUUAAUCAGAAAUAUAUGAUAUUGAAGCCUAUAUGCAGAUUGGACAAGGUUUUUGUGUUUAAUCAUAAUAGAUGGAUAUUAAUUCUUGAAAAAAAUUGCUCCUUUGACUUAAGAAAAUCAAUGGUAACAAUUUUCAGAAGAUGAUGGAUUUAAGAUUCAUAUACGUCCAGAUCCAGAAACUGGUUUAUGUCUAACUAGAGGAGAAGGCUUUUUACCAUAUACAAUAGAUGAAAUAUUUGCAAUCAUUGAAGACAUACCAUUAAGACCCAAGUAUGAUGGAAUUUGUGAAUCUGUAAAAUAAUAAAUAAAAUUAGGGUUAAAUUAUUAGACGAUUCUCUGAUGAAUUAAUGCUUUUCUAUUAAAAAUUUAAAUCUAUGUUUUUUGUCAUCAGUUCAAGAGACUUUGUUGUAAUAUCAAGAAAAAUUGUUGAAGGUGAUUUUACAUAUGCUAUUGGAAAAUCAUUGGAACAUCCAAAUCAUCCACCUGUUAAAGGUGUUGUAAGAGGAGAUCUAAAAAUUGGUGGAUGGAUUCUUGAAAAAAGAGAAGGAGUAUUAUUUAUAUUUUAAUAAAUUUAAUUAGGGUACAUUUUGUAUAUUUGUAACUUGGGCUGAUCCUAAAGGAAUGCUACCUAAAAAAGCAGUAAAUAUUGUUGCUGGGGCUUAAGGAAAAGUAGUAUAACAAAUUAAAUUACUAUUGGAUGAAAGAAAGAAAAAUGUAAAUAAAUGA